CUUGCUUACUAUAACUGAUUAUUAUUAUUUUUCGAAAGUCCGAAGACACGUCGUCCGGUUUUCGUGGUCCAUUUGCAGCUAGUGUUCCAACCGCUUGAAAAAAUGGUGCUCGACUUGGACUUGUUCCGGACAGAAAAGGGUGGCAACCCGGACCAGAUUCGUGAGAACCAAAAGAAACGUUUCAAAGACCCGAGUUUGGUGGACAAAGUUGUCGAAGCCGACGGCAAGUGGCGGCAGCUGCGUUUCAAAGCGGACAAUCUAAACAAGUUAAAAAACCUUUGCAGCAAAACAAUCGGUGAGAAAAUUAAAUCUAAGGAACCUCAGCCCAAAGAUGGUGGUGACGUUGCGUCCGAUUUCGUUUUGGACACAAUCACAGUUGACGUUUUGAAACCGUUGUCAGUGGAACAAAUCAAAAAAGUGCGAGUACUCAUCGACAAUGCGUUGACCCAAAACGACAAAGACCUGCUUGACAUAGAGAAAACGCGAAACGAUUCUUUCAAAGAAAUCAGUAAUUUUGUGCAUGAAUCGGUUCCGUUAAGCAAUGAUGAAGAAGAAAACGCUGUUGUUGCCACUGUUGGCGAUUGUUCGGUUAAGAAGAAGUACUCUCAUAUAGAUCUAAUUCACAUGAUCGACGGUGUAGAUGCUGAUUCAGGAACCACGGUAUCGGGCACCCGAGGAUAUUAUCUCAAAGGCCCAGCUGUGUUUUUACAAUCGGCACUUGUCCAAGAAGCCUUGCGCCGAUGGGAUGACAAAGGAUACAAACCAUUGUAUACACCGUUUUUCAUGCGAAAAGAAAUUAUGCAAGAAGUUGCUCAACUUGCUCAGUUUGAUGAAGAACUAUACAAGGUAAUUGGCAAAGGUAGUGAAAAAGUUGGUGAUCAUAAUUUAGAUGAAAAAUAUUUGAUUGCCACUUCUGAACAACCAAUAGCAGCACUUCAUCGUGAUCAAUGGUUACCUGAAGCUAGUUUUCCCAUUCGCUAUCUUGGAGUAUCGACGUGUUUCCGACAAGAAGUUGGAUCUCAUGGAAGGGACACAAGAGGAAUAUUCAGAGUACAUCAAUUCGAAAAAGUUGAACAAUUUGUUUUAACUUCCCCUUUUGACAAUCAAUCUUGGAUUUUAUUUGAUGAAAUGAUUAAUAAUUCAAGACAGUUUUAUGAUGAAUUAGGCAUUGCUUACAGAGUUGUUAACAUUGUAUCUGGUGCAUUGAAUCAUGCUGCAGCCAAGAAACUAGACUUGGAAGCAUGGUUUCCUGGAUCUGGAGCAUUCCGUGAAUUGGUGUCUUGCAGUAAUUGUUUGGAUUAUCAAUCAAGAAGAUUACUAGUACGAUAUGGUCAAACAAAAAAAAUGAAUGAAAAAGUUGAUUAUGUGCAUAUGUUAAAUGCUACUGCAUGUGCUACAACUAGAGUAAUCUGUGCUAUUUUGGAGACGUAUCAGACCGAAACAGGAAUCAAAGUGCCAGAAAUAUUGAAGAAAUAUUUGCCAACCAGAUAUCAAGAUGAGAUUCCAUUUGUGAAAUCGGCACCCAUUGAUGAAGAAGAUACAAAGAAACAAAAAAAACAGAAAGAGGGAAUGAAAAAUAAAAAAUAAAUUUUUUUUUAAAUUGUUCAACAUUUCAUGUAUCAAUAAAAAUGUUUAAUAUUUAAUUUUACUUGAAUGGGUAAAUAAAUUAAUAUGCUAUUACAUCAUAAAUUAUCCUAUUUAAGGCUUAUGACUGGUACUAAGCUAAACAACUUAUGUAUAGCUUAAAUAUGUAUUAUUUUGUACUUUUUACAUGCAUACAGUUCUAUUAAAUAAUUUGUGAUUUGUAUUAGGUCUAAGAUUUAGAUAAAAGUUGAAUUUAAUUAAUAGAUCUUAUAUAGAUAAAGUAAUAUAACAAUUUGAGGAAUCUAUAUUGGUAUGAGAUUGUUAUGAUAUUAUUGCUUGUACUGCACAAUAAUAUUGUAAUUAAAAAUAAAUAAUUUUAUAUACACUAAUUAA